AAAUACGUUUUACGUAUAAAAAUAGAAAAGUCGAUCAGCUGAGACUCAACAGUGACAACAAAGAAACGUAAUAUCUAAAUAUUGCUAAAAAAUUUACAUAAUAGCAAAGAGCGUUCUUGUAUAUGAGCUAAACGACAUGUUGGUUAUAAACAUACGUGCACAAGAGACCUGAGGAAGAAAGAUCAUGAACGCAAGAUCUCAUGUCUUUGAACUGUCUGUUGAAAACCGACAAGUAGAAGAAGUUGUUAGCAGUAUCUUCCAUACACUACUUCUUCAUCGCGCAUAUGGAAAGUUCCACUAUCAACAAGAGGGAACCUAUCAAGUUGGAACACUGGGCUUUGUAGAUGAGGACUGUGAUUUCAUUGACUUCACAUACGUGCGAGUGGCCUCGGAAGAACUUACGAACAAUAUGAGAAGGGAGAUAACCACGUUCAAAGACUCACUGCACAGUGCUGCCAGCGCAUCUGAGUCAGGACAGAUAUCGCUGGAGUUUUUCCAACGUAAGAGAGCGAGAUGGCCCUUCCAACCCGAGUGUAUACCAUGGGAGGUGUGGAAUGUGAAACUGAAUGUGAUCUCUCUCAACAAUGAACAUGACCGACAAAUCUUUAGAGAACAGGUCGGAGAGACAAUGACGGAGAAGGUGCUGUACAUAGCUGAGGUGAUGAAUAGGCACGAGUACUUACCCAAGAUGCCGAACCAGUCAGAGGUUGAUCUCAUAUUCGACACAUCUUACGUCGAUGUCCAGCCAUAUUUACACAGGGUCAGCUACCAGAUAAAUGGGCCAUCUUCCAGCUCUGUUUCCACGACGAUGAGAAAGUUCCUCAAGGACACACUGGCGUUAUGACGAUAACUGGGUCCAUUAGAUAGGCCACUGAGGGAUUAGAAUACGAAUCCUCCCUUCAAAGUCAGAGGGGAUUAUCAGCAUUUGUACAAAGAUGAUUGAUAGGCUAAUCUGGCUUUUAGUGGAAGAUAUGUUCCUUGCUGUUUCUUACCGAUUGAAUCAUGUUUAAAUUAAAUGUACUUAUAUUUUGUUUAUACCAGAUUGAGAGAUUGAGAAGGCAUUUAGUAAAGCUUAUGUAAUUAAUGUGCUUAAAUGGCUAAACUUUAAGGUUACUUAUUGAGUUAAAUAUUUAAUAACGUAGCAUAUAGGCAUAUAAUUAUCAAUAAAUCUAAAUGCAGUGUAUAUAAUUGAAUGAAUAACCAAUAGCAAUAGAUCAUUAACAUUCUUAUUUGAUGUUUUGUACCAGUGAUAUGCAUUCAGUACCCAGUGUUGUGAACAUAGUCUUUUUCAAUUUGAUUUAUUUGUGUUGUUGAUAUAUGAUUGACUUUUCCUUUGAUAUGAAUUUAAACCUUGUAAUUGUUUCAUUCAUCAUUACAUGUGUGAAUGUAAUGCACAACAAGUUUGGUAUAAUUAAAUGUCAGUAUGUUGAAGGAUUGAUUUUUGAUUAAUUGCAUCACACUUUUAUCAACAUCUGGCUUGCUUUUUUAUAAAGUGAAAAAUUCAGAUAAUUGUUAAUUUGUUAAUUGUGACGUGAAAUUAAGCCUUUUUCAUUUGAGAAGUGUAAAUUAACCAGCAGACAUAAAGCUAGCAUUUCACCUUUAACCUACAAAUAUGAGCAGUGUUCUGAAAAAUAGGCUUUAUGCAUGUGCAUAAUGUGUCAUCCCAAAUUAGCCUGUUCAGCUUGCACUGGCUUAUCAGGGAGAACACUCUCCCCCACACCGGAAUUGCAUGUAGAAGAUACCUACUUUUAACAUAAAAUUAAAUAACAUUAAAAGUGUCGUCCCUGAUAAGCCAGUUCAGAUUUCACAGACUAAUCAGGGACAACACUCUAUACACAUGCAUUUAAGUCAAUUUUCCCAGAAAGAGGCUCAUUCACCCUAUUGGUGCAAAAAGGUACCAUGUACCUCCAAAUCUAUGUCACAUGGUACCUUUUUGUUCCAAAGGAUAUACCCAGUAAGCCCAUUAUAAGUCAACUCAGUCCUCGAUUGACAAGUACAAAUAUAUACUUGCUAAGUUGAGAAGCAGCGAUCAUAUUAUCACUUCCGCAUUUCCUCCUGUUAACAAAGGUGUAUAUACAUGUACAUUGAACACUGAUCAGGUAUUCAUUGUUUGCAUUGUUCAAUGUCUCCAUUAUAAUACAUAUAUUCAGAGUAUGAAAGCAAAUGCUGACAUCAAGUCUGAAACAUUUAACACAAUAUUCAUGUACCGGUAUGUAUAAGGUAGUGCUUUUUUAUCAUGAUUUUAUAUGUCAUAUACUUUGAAAUGUUGACCUUUAUAGGCGGUUUGUGAUACAUAAAAUUGUGGACAUGCUUUUGUUGAGUAUUAGGGUACGGGAUUAAAUGGUUAUGUAGUUAACAUAUUUUGUUGCCUAGAAUUGCUAACUUGAUGUAUUUCAUGUUUUGUUGAAUGGUAUAUAAGAAAUUAAUUUGCUUUUGUUAUUAGAUAUACUUCACAAUGAAGUCUUUCAAAUGUAUUGGUGUCUUUAAAUUUUUUGUUAGAGUCAUGGUGUAAAUAUUGAGAACGAUAUAUAUUAUUGUGUAUAUUGCUGUUCAUUUUAAAACCAAUAAAUACCACUUGUGCAUCUUGA